GCAUGAAGCCUGCGCUGUUUCUCCAGCUCCUGCUGUUGACUCGCUUAGCAUCGCAGCUGGUGUCUGGGAGUCCCAAGCAACAUUUUAGGAGGUAUAUCUUGGAACCUCCACCCUGCCGAUCAGACCCGGAAAACUGUACUGAUUUCUGCACACUGCAGGAAGAUUGCCAACCAGGAUUUCAGUGCUGUUCUGCCUUCUGUGGUAUAGUCUGUACAUUAAACAAAAAUGUAAACCGCAAAAGACCCAAAACCGAAACCUUGAGAAACAACGGGGUUGGCAAGUGA